AAACUUGGCCAAUCUUUGACCAAUCAAAAGACAGAGAGAAAGGAGAGAGGGAAAGAGAGAGCUGUGGAAAGUAAAAGCAAAGAGGAAAAAAAGAAGCUACACAGAGUAAGAACGAAAAUAAGAGAGAGAGGAGGGGAGGAGAGGCCCUGUGACCUCACGUGACAUGUGACGCGGGCUCCACCACUCAAGGAGGGGAGCUGGAGGAUGGCGAGGAUACAGAGAGAGCUGUGGCUUUAGCCGGCGCUAGUAAACACUGACGCUCCAGUCAGGUCACCACCGUGGGACACCACGUCUCCUGACAGAGAGAGAGAACCUAGGUAACCUCAGAGCCACUGCCCACUGACGGACCGGACCAGCACAGCACCACACCUCCCUGCCACCCUACCCCAGGCCGCUAACAGGACGUUCAGAUCUGAUACAGCAACGGGUUGAUCAUUAUCAACUGUAGAGGGCUGGCGACGACUCUGGCACCACUUCAGGCACGAGGACAUGGCUUCUAACAGCAUCUUUGAUUCCUUCGGCAACUACGGCCCCACUCUACUGAGAGACCCUAACACCACCAGACGGUUCACACCGCCCUCCACGUCGUUCCCCUGCAGCAAGAUUGGAGACGGCAGCGGGACCAUGGGCACCCCUGGACCACUGAGGACACGACCCGAGGCUAGGAAUGUGGUGGACGUCCUGUCAGAUCACGCUGGCGAGCUGGUCCGUACAGACAGCCCAAACUUCCUCUGCUCCGUGCUGCCCUCACACUGGAGGUGCAACAAGACACUCCCUGUGGCUUUCAAGGUUGUUGCACUCGGUGAUGUACCCGACGGGACUCUGGUCACUGUGAUGGCGGGGAACGACGAGAACUUCUCUGCGGAGCUGAGGAACGCGUCUGCGGUGAUGAAGAACCAGGUCGCCCGCUUCAACGACCUGCGGUUUGUGGGCAGAAGCGGACGAGGAAAGAGCUUCACUCUGACCAUCACAGUCUUCUCUGGUCCCCCUCAGGUGGCCACCUACCACCGUGCCAUUAAAGUGACAGUGGAUGGGCCCAGGGAACCCAGACGUGAGUACUUACAGGGACACAGGGUGAAGCUAGAGGAUCCCCAGAAGAUGCAGUUCUCUGAUAGGCUGACAGAGAUUGAGCGCUACCAGCGGGCCAGCCUGAGGAUGGGGCCUGGUAACCCCCAGCCCCGGCCCAUGCACCAGAGCCACCUGGGGCCCUCCACCCAGUCCCAGAUACAAGCCCUGUGGUCUGACCAGAUUGACCCACCAGCUCUGAAGACAUGCAAAGUGGAGGACGACCUCAGAUGGUCAAGUCCCACCGCUGAUCUCUUCCCCCAGAGGACCUCCUUCCCCUCUCUGUCCCCGCUGACUGACCCCCGUUUCUCAGACCCACGCAUGCACUACCCAGGAGCCUUCACCUACUCAGCCAACCCCUCCAGCACGGGCAUCGGAGGCCUCAGUGUGACGGGAAUGUCUGCCUCCUCCCGCUACCACACCUACCUGCCCCCGCCCUACCCAGGCAACCAGAACCAGGGAAGCCACUUCCAGUCCAACUCCUCCCCCUACCACCUGUACUACGGCACCGGAUCCGGCUCCUACCAGUUCUCCAUGGUGGGCCCGGGCGGGACCGGGGGUGAGCGCUCCCCCAGCCGCCUGCUGCCCUGCUCGGGGGCCUCAUCCUCUGGAGUUGGCAACAGCCUGAUAAUCCAGGGCCUGAGCAACCAGAGCGAGGGGGUGGAGGCGGAUGGAAGCCACAGCAACUCCCCUACGACCAUGAGCGGGUCUGGACGCAUGGAUGAAUCUGUCUGGAGGCCCUACUGACUGUUAGACAACUAGAGGAAAUGUAGGACAGAGAAGAGAGAGAGAAAGCAAAAGUCAAGAAGUUAUAUGAAACAAAAAAAGAUGAAUCCUUCCCCCAAAAAUAAAUGUUGCAUGUUUGUCUUUUCUUUAUCCCGCACUCGCUUCGUACCCUAUUCCUAGUUGACCAAAGACAUUCAAUGUCUGUCAGAAUGCCAUGGCCAGAGGUGGCCUUUAUGAAGGCCAUGGGUACACCCUGCACUGUGACAGGGACUAUUCUCUGAGACUCUGAAAGCCAUACAAAUCUCAUUAUUUUCAAUUGAUGAGUAAGAACUGCAAAAUAACUGCAAAUAGAUGUUAUGGUGUUAGAACAAAUAAGCCAUAGUAAUAUACUGUAUCAGGUUCUUCUGAAAAACAGGUACAACAUGCAUACCAUAGACUAUGAAAAGGCAAAACCUUCACAUCCAUUCAUUCUAUGCAGCUGAUGAACGGUAAAAAUGCAAGUGCUAUUGUGGCUGAUUCGCCAAUGAGACCAAAACUAUCCUUAUCCCUCAGAUAAGGGAUACCUUUCUUGGCGUUACGAGCUAAACAUCCAGAACAGUGACUGUACUGCCUCAACGGCCUUUGACUGUUAUGUGAAAACAGAAGUCAAACAGGAUGUUUCCUUCACGUGACUCAGAAACUGCCCUAGAUGACUUGUGGCUGUAUUGCUAAUGUAUACACGUCAAUUGAUCCUGAAUCUUUUAUUUUGUGAGUGGUUUGGAGAUUCAUCCAUCAGUCCAUGAAAGAUCAUCAAGAACAAUCCAUCGUCUCAAAGUAGUUAUGCAUUGCUUGAAAAUUGCAUUUAUUAUCUAUACUAGGAUGGAUCAGUCCUUGGAGGUACAGUAAGCAAUGCUUAUUCAAAAUGAACAACAUUAUGUAUUUGAGUGAAACUCCCCUGUAAAGUCGUUAAUGUAUUGAUCAUCUAUGUAGCAGAACAAUAGCUGAUAUUCUGAGGACUGUCCAGGACUUUAGCAGAGAAGAGGUUUUUUUGAAGCAGGAAUUUUAUGGAUUCCUGUCUUUUUAGUUUCUUGGACUGUUAUCUUUAUUUUUACUUAUGGUAGGCCUAUAUAUUUCUUCAUUGUGUCUGCAAACUGUUCUAGUGUAGUAUGUCUGAACUAGAUAAUACAGUUGACUUUUUUUAUAUUUAUUUGAGCCAAAUUUGAGAAAAUGUUCACUUAUGCCCAAAAACAUUUAGCAUUUCUCUCUACCUUAUCUUUUUUUAUAAAUAUUUUGUUUAUUUGUUGUUUAAUAUAAAAUUUGAAUUUGUGUAAUAUAUUUCUUCUAAAUUAUGAAAAAAACGAAACUUUUAAUGUUAUUAUUUUGUAUUUCAAUGUAGCUUCGAUGCACUAAAAACAUUCAUGAUAUUCAACCAUUAGAAGCACAGAUCCCAACAUUAAAUCCAACAAUCACUUUAUUUAAGAUCCCCUCUUAAACAGUCGCCCAAUCACCAACCCCCAGCCUCCUUGAGUUCACAUUUUUCCACUCUUUUAAAGAAGAAAAUAAAUACUUAAGACACACAACCCACAUUAUGUGGCUAUGCAGAUCUUGUUUCUUUGUUUAUCACUGAAACCUCAGACUAUGAUUGGCUUAAUCUCAAACCACAUUGGCAUGUCUGAAGUGGCUAACUAAACAGUAGAGAUGGAGUGGGCUGAUUUUCACACGUAAGCACACACACACACACACACACACACAUAAGCACACACACACACACACACACACACAUAAGCACACACACACACACACACACACACACACACACACACACACACACACACACACACACACACACACACACACACACACACACACACACACACACACACACACACACACACACACACACACACACACACACACGUGCUUUCUGUGCUAUAGGUGUGAUUGUGCACAUUCUCACAGUCCCAAUGGCCUUUCCCACCCCAGGGGGACACAGAGAGUAGCGAUGAAGAUAGAAGGGGUUCAAAGUAGGAUCCUCUUACCAACACCAAGGGCAAUCCUAACUAAAAACAAGCCCUUGUUGUGCACAGGUCCCUUUGUUCUGCAUGAGCUGUGAGUCCUUUGAAGCCUUUCUGACCGUGUUUUCUGUCAUUUAUUGAUCAUUAGUGCCUGCAGCUCAGGGCACUGCACAGGAUUCAGAUGUCAGGACAGAGCAUCUUUUUUUGUAUGAGCUGUGCUGAGCCACUUAAUUAAUUGUGUCAGGUGUGCCAUGUUAAGAAAUUUAGGUGUUUUGGUGAAAAGGAGGAGGAGAGUUGUUGUGGCUUCUUAAGAGCAGAUAUUAUACCAAUUAGGGUUGGUUUAGCGACCCCCAAUCUUUGAGCGCAUACAUUAAAAAACAAAAAAUAUUGCUAGCAUUUGUAGCUCAGAAAAAAAGUUAAGCUAACUCUAUUGACAAAUCUACUACCUUAUGCCUUAUUUUUGUUUAAGACAAUCAAUUCUAUAAAGAUGCAUUCCUAACUCUUGGGGAGUAGAGGGAAAGAAUAGCAUGUUCUUAUAAUCACUGUGUUCCUAUCCAUCCCUUUGGGUUUGAAGGCCUAACUUUAGAUUGGGCAAAAUUCAUGCAGCUAUGAGAAAUCAAAGAUGUACCUGAUAUCAUAUGGUUAUAUCAAAACCAAAGAAAGGCCUGUAAUAUUGUUACAUUGAGGGUUUGAAUUUGUUGUUUUACACAAAAUGUCUCGGUUGGUUUCCAUUAUCUGUUGAUAAAAUGUCCAUAACUCUUAAGAAAGAGGUGUGUAUAUCAUGAGGCAUUUGCAAAACAGGGAGGUUAAAUUGUACAAUUACAUUUAAUUUUAUGUUGGAUAGAAAAGCACAAGGCUUUUGUUUUCUUUAAUGUUUCUUUUAAACAACCUCUUCAUUUUGUUUUACCAUAAUGUUAAUUCAUUUUGCUCAAAGCAUGUAUGUCUGAAGCUAUGUUAAUUUAAAUUUCAUCCAUGUAAUAUCCUUAAAGACUCUGUAUUAAGUGCUUGUAAAGUGUGCAGAUAAUGUAGUUUUUAAUCAUUUUAAUUAAAAAACAUCAAUUUCA